AUGGCACCCGUGAGGCGGGAGGCGGGAUGGGAAGGGGAGACGGUGUCACGCGAACAGUCUCCGGAGCGCAACGCGCUGCCGACCACGCAAGUUCCGGGAGCGGCGGUCGCGCCGUGGGGCGCGCUGCUGCUGCUGCUGCUGCUGGGCGCCCUGCUCUGCGCACACGGCCUAGCCAGCAGCCCUGAGUGUGCUUGUGGUCGGAGCCAUUUCACUUGUGCAGUGAGUGCCCUUGGCGAGUGUACCUGCAUCCCUGCCCAGUGGCAAUGUGAUGGAGAUAAUGACUGUGGGGACCACAGUGAUGAAGAUGGAUGUAUGCUGCCCACCUGUUCCCCUCUGGAUUUUCACUGUGACAAUGGCAAGUGCAUCCGCCGCUCCUGGGUGUGCGAUGGGGACAACGACUGUGAGGAUGACUCCGAUGAACAGGACUGUCCCCCCCGAGAGUGUGAGGAAGAUGAGUUCCCCUGCCAGAAUGGCUACUGUAUCCGGAGCUUGUGGCACUGUGACGGCGACAAUGACUGUGGGGACAACAGCGAUGAGCAGUGUGACAUGCGCAAGUGCUCAGACAAAGAAUUCCGCUGCCGUGAUGGGAGCUGCAUUGCUGAGCACUGGUACUGUGAUGGUGACACGGACUGCAAAGAUGGCUCAGAUGAGGAAAGCUGUCCCUCUGCAGUGCCUGCUCCCCCCUGCAACCUGGAGGAGUUCCAGUGUGCCUAUGGCCGCUGUAUCCUUGACAUCUACCACUGUGAUGGUGAUGAUGACUGUGGAGACUGGUCGGACGAGUCUGACUGCUCCUCCCACCAGCCCUGCCGCUCUGGGGAGUUCAUGUGUGACAGUGGCCUGUGCAUCAAUGCAGGCUGGCGCUGCGAUGGAGAUGCAGACUGUGAUGACCAGUCUGAUGAGCGCAACUGCACCACCUCAAUGUGCACAGCUGAACAGUUCCGCUGUCAGUCAGGCCGCUGUGUCCGCCUGUCCUGGCGCUGUGAUGGGGAGGAUGACUGUGCAGACAACAGCGAUGAAGAGAACUGCGAGAACACAGGAAGCCCCCAGUGUGCCUCUGACCAAUUCCUGUGUUGGAACGGGCGUUGCAUUGGGCAGAGGAAGCUGUGCAACGGGGUCAAUGACUGUGGUGACAACAGUGACGAAAGCCCACACCAGAACUGCCGGCCUCGGACGGGUGAAGAAAACUGUAGUGUUAACAACGGCGGCUGUGCCCAGAAGUGCCAGAUGGUUCGGGGGGCAGUGCAGUGUACCUGCCACACGGGCUACCGACUCACUGAGGAUGGGCGCACAUGCCAAGAUGUGAACGAAUGUGCUGAGGAGGGGUACUGCAGCCAGGGCUGCACCAACAGUGAAGGAGCCUUCCAGUGUUGGUGUGAAACAGGCUAUGAAUUACGACCUGACCGGCGCAGCUGUAAAGCUCUAGGGCCUGAACUUGUGCUUCUGUUUGCCAAUCGAAUCGACAUCCGGCAGGUGCUACCGCACCGCUCUGAGUACACCCUGCUGCUGAACAACCUGGAGAAUGCCAUUGCCCUGGACUUUCACCACCGGCGCGAGCUGGUCUUCUGGUCUGAUGUCACCCUGGACCGCAUCCUCCGUGCCAACCUCAACGGCAGCAAUGUGGAGGAGGUUGUGUCUACUGGACUAGAGAGCCCAGGAGGCCUGGCUGUGGAUUGGGUCCAUGACAAACUCUACUGGACUGACUCCGGGACAUCCAGGAUUGAGGUGGCCAACCUGGAUGGGGCCCACCGGAAGGUACUGCUGUGGCAGAACCUGGAGAAGCCCCGGGCCAUUGCGCUGCACCCCAUGGAGGGAACCAUUUAUUGGACAGACUGGGGCAACACCCCUCGCAUUGAGGCUUCUAGCAUGGAUGGCUCUGGACGGCACAUCAUUGCAGAUACCCAUCUCUUCUGGCCCAAUGGCCUUACCAUUGACUACGCGGGGCGUCGCAUGUACUGGGUAGAUGCUAAGCACCACGUCAUUGAGAGGGCCAAUCUGGAUGGGAGUCACCGCAAGGCUGUCAUUAGCCAGGGCCUCCCACAUCCCUUCGCCAUCACAGUGUUUGAAGACAGCUUGUAUUGGACAGACUGGCACACCAAGAGCAUCAAUAGUGCCAACAAGUUUACUGGAAAGAAUCAGGAAAUCAUUCGCAACAAGCUCCACUUCCCCAUGGACAUUCAUACCUUGCACCCCCAGCGCCAGCCUGCAGGAAAAAACCGUUGUGGGGACAAUAAUGGAGGCUGCACCCACCUGUGUCUGCCAAGUGGCCAGAACUACACCUGUGCCUGCCCUACUGGCUUCCGAAAGAUCAACAGCCAUGCCUGUGCCCAGAGUCUUGACAAGUUCCUGCUUUUUGCCCGAAGGAUGGACAUCCGUCGGAUCAGCUUUGACACAGAGGACCUGUCCGAUGAUGUCAUCCCACUGGCUGACGUGCGCAGUGCUGUGGCCCUUGACUGGGACUCCCGGGAUGACCACGUGUACUGGACAGAUGUCAGCACUGAUACCAUCAGCAGGGCCAAGUGGGAUGGAACAGGACAGGAGGUGGUAGUGGAUACCAGUUUAGAGAGCCCCGCAGGCCUGGCAAUUGAUUGGGUCACCAACAAGCUGUACUGGACAGAUGCAGGUACAGACCGGAUCGAAGUGGCCAACACUGAUGGCAGCAUGAGGACAGUACUCAUCUGGGAGAACCUUGAUCGGCCUCGAGAUAUUGUGGUGGAACCCAUGGGCGGGUACAUGUAUUGGACUGACUGGGGUGCAAGUCCCAAGAUUGAGAGAGCUGGCAUGGAUGCCUCUGCCCGCCAAGUCAUCAUCUCUUCUAAUCUGACCUGGCCUAAUGGAUUAGCUAUUGACUAUGGGUCCCAACGGCUAUACUGGGCUGAUGCUGGCAUGAAGACAAUUGAAUUUGCUGGAUUGGAUGGCAGCAAGAGGAAGGUACUGAUUGGAAGCCAGCUCCCCCACCCUUUUGGGCUGACCCUCUAUGGAGAACGCAUCUAUUGGACUGACUGGCAGACUAAGAGUAUACAGAGUGCUGACCGGCUGACAGGCCUAGAUAGGGAAACGCUGCAGGAGAACCUGGAGAAUCUCAUGGACAUCCAUGUCUUCCAUCGCCAGCGGCCACCAGUGACCACACCAUGUGCUAUGGAGAAUGGCGGCUGCAGCCACUUGUGUCUUCGGUCUCCAAAUCCAAGUGGCUUCAGCUGUACCUGCCCCACAGGCAUCAACCUGCUACCUGGUGGGAAGACCUGUUCACCAGGCAUGAACAGUUUCCUCAUCUUCGCCAGGAGGAUAGAUGUACGCAUGGUCUCCCUGGACAUCCCUUAUUUUGCUGAUGUGGUGCUACCCAUCAAUGUGACUAUGAAGAAUACCAUUGCCAUUGGAGUGGACCCUCAGGAAGGAAAAGUAUACUGGUCUGAUAGCACACUACACAGGAUCAGCCGUGCUAGUCUAGAUGGCUCACAGCAUGAAGACAUCAUCACUACAGGGCUGCAGACCACAGAUGGGCUCGCAGUAGAUGCCAUUGGCCGGAAAGUAUACUGGACAGACACGGGAACAAACCGGAUUGAAGUGGGCAACCUGGAUGGGUCCAUGCGCAAAGUGUUGGUGUGGCAGAACCUUGACAGUCCCCGGGCCAUUGUUCUAUACCACGAGAUGGGGUUUAUGUACUGGACAGACUGGGGGGAGAACGCCAAGUUAGAGCGGUCUGGAAUGGAUGGUUCAGACCGCACGGUGCUCAUCAACAACAACCUCGGGUGGCCCAAUGGUCUGACUGUAGACAAGGCCAGCUCCCAGCUGCUGUGGGCUGAUGCCCACACUGAGCGAAUUGAGGCUGCUGACCUGAAUGGUGCCAAUCGGCAUACAUUAGUGUCACCAGUGCAACACCCGUAUGGCCUUACCCUACUUGACUCCUACAUCUACUGGACUGACUGGCAGACUCGUAGCAUCCAUCGUGCUGACAAGGGUACUGGUAGCAAUGUCAUCCUGGUGAGGUCUAACCUGCCAGGCCUCAUGGAUAUCCAGGCUGUGGAUCGGACACAGCCCCUAGGUUUUAAUAAGUGUGGCCUGAGAAAUGGCGGCUGCUCUCAUCUCUGCUUGCCUCGGCCCUCUGGUUUCUCCUGCGCCUGCCCCACUGGAAUCCAACUGAAGGGAGAUGGGAAGACCUGUGAUCACUCUCCUGAGACCUACUUGCUCUUCUCCAGCCGAGGAUCCAUCCGACGUAUCUCAUUGGACACUAGUGACCACACAGAUGUGCAUGUCCCUGUCCCUGAGCUCAACAAUGUCAUCUCCCUGGACUAUGACAGUGUGGAUGGAAAAGUCUACUAUACAGAUGUGUUCCUGGAUGUUAUCAGGCGAGCAGACCUGAAUGGCAGCAACAUGGAGACAGUGAUCGGACGUGGGCUGAAGACCACUGAUGGUCUGGCAGUGGACUGGGUGGCCAGGAACUUGUAUUGGACAGACACAGGCAGAAAUACCAUUGAAGCAUCACGGCUGGAUGGUUCCUGUCGCAAAGUGCUGAUCAACAACAGCUUGGAUGAGCCCCGGGCCAUUGCUGUUUUCCCUAGGAAGGGGUACCUCUUCUGGACAGACUGGGGUCACAUUGCCAAGAUUGAACGGGCAAAUCUGGAUGGUUCUGAGAGGAAGGUCCUCAUCAACACAGACCUAGGUUGGCCUAAUGGCCUUACCUUGGACUAUGAUACUCGCAGAAUCUACUGGGUAGAUGCACACCUGGACCGGAUCGAGAGUGCUGACCUCAAUGGGAAACUGCGGCAGGUCUUGGUCAGCCAUGUGUCCCAUCCCUUUGCUCUCACACAGCAGGACAGGUGGAUCUACUGGACAGACUGGCAGACCAAGUCCAUCCAGCGUGUUGACAAGUACUCAGGCCGCAACAAGGAGACAGUAUUGGCAAAUGUGGAAGGGCUCAUGGAUAUCAUCGUGGUUUCCCCUCAGCGGCAGACAGGGACCAAUGCCUGUGGUGUGAACAAUGGUGGUUGUACCCACCUCUGCUUUGCCAGAGCCUUGGAUUUUGUGUGUGCCUGUCCUGAUGAGCCAGACAGCCGACCCUGUUCCCUUGUACCCGGCCUGGUGCCCCCAGCCCCCAGAGCUACCAGCAUGAGUGAAAAGAGCCCAGUGUUACCCAAUACAUUGCCCACCACCUUGCAUUCUUCUACCAUUAGGACCCGCACAUCUCUGGAAGAGGUGGGAGGAAGGUGCUCAGAUAGGGAUGCCCUGCUGGGCCUCUGUGUACAUUCCAAUGAAGCCAUACCUGCUGCCCCAGGUGAAGGACUUCAUAUCAGCUAUGCCAUUGGUGGAUUGCUCAGUAUUCUGCUGAUUUUGGUGGUUAUUGCAGCUUUGAUGCUAUAUAGACACAAAAAAUCCAAAUUUACUGAUCCUGGAAUGGAGAACCUGACUUACAGCAACCCUUCCUACCGAACUUCCACUCAGGAAGUAAAAAUUGAAGCUAUCCCUAAACCAGCCAUGUACAAUCAACUGUGUUAUAAAAAAGAGGGUGGGCCUGACCACAACUAUACCAAGGAGAAGAUCAAGAUUGUGGAGGGAAUCUGCCUUCUGUCUGGGGAUGAUGCAGAGUGGGAUGACCUUAAGCAGCUGCGAAGCUCUCGGGGGGGCCUUCUGCGAGACCAUGUAUGCAUGAAGACAGACACAGUGUCCAUCCAGGCCAGUUCUGGCUCCCUGGAUGACACGGAGAGAGAGCAGCUGCUACAGGAAGAGCAAUCAGAGUGUAGCAGCGUCCACACUGCAGCCACUCCAGAAAGACGGGGCUCUCUGCCAGACACAGGCUGGAAACAUGAACGCAAGCUCUCCUCAGAGAGCCAGGUCUAAAUGUCCCUGCCUGCCUGUUUCUUCUUCCCUAUGGACUUCCGGUCCCUGCGCUCGCUUAUACAGCAGGCCCCCUUUCCAUGUGCUCAUCUUCCUCCUCCCAUCCCAAAAUUGCUCCCAAGACAUCCACGGGAGCUCUUUUUCCAUCUGAGUCCAUAUCAAUACGGGCACAAGAAAUGAGGGCACAUCUCAAGAAUGUAGACUGGAUUUUUACCACCAACUCACCUCUUUCACUCCAUCUUGUGCCCCCAGAGACUGGGAUCAGUGUAGAGCCCACCUCCCCUUCCCCUGGUACCCUUGGUGUCUGCCCCACAGCCCUGAUGCAGCCGAUGAUGCAGGGCUGCACUCUUCUGCCAUUACAGCUGACAUAAUGGCUUUUCUGAGAACUGGACCACCAGGGGCUGGGGCACACGGUCAUGGGUAACGAGAAAGGUAAUGGAUGAAGCCUGAGAGAAAAUGGAAGAGUCCACCCAGCUGGUCUGGGUAUCUAGAAAACCUCCAGCCUCGUGGGUUGAUAAUAUGAAAAAGCUUUUGGGGGCUCUUGGGUCUGGGUGUACUGUCCAUUGCUGGCAGUGGACAUUAUUUUUCACUUUGCAGAUAUAGGUGAGAUGUGGGUGUGGCUCAAGCUAUUGUUCUUCCUGCUGGAAUAUCUGGAGCCAUUUCUAGCUUUGAUGACUAGAAGCCCUAUCCUAUGGCUAUUUACUUAUAGGAAUUUCUUCCUGGUGCCACCACCAGUCAGUACUUUUUCAAAGCCUUUAAGUAAACAGGCUAUGAGCCAGUGGCUUCAGUGAAUAAUGAGCUUUGGAGACUGAGCCUCCAAAAUAUCUAAGGAACUCUUCUUAGACCAAACACAGCAUCCCACCCAAACUUCAUUGUUCUGCCAAUCUCCCCCCACCCCUGCCCCCAUUCUCUGGGACUCUGAGGGAAGUGAUCCAAGAAAGUCCUGAAGUUUUCAUAAAUGGUCAAAAAGAACAAUUAGAGAUAGGGGAUACCCAGGGACUCAAGUAUCAUGAAGUUGAAACUCCUAUGUUCUUUCUCAGGUGAGCUCUUAUGCCAACUCUUUUCCUGGCCAUAAGUGACUUCUUUCUGACACUGAGAUGCCACCAAUUGGUUCAUGCUUACAAGAGCAGAGGUCUCAGGCAUUUAUCAGUGGAGCUGAGACUUCUUGUUGUCCUAAAAUGUUUCCCUGGCUCUGUUUCCACUUUAGGGAGGGCUCAAUUUACUUCUGACCUAACCUUGUGACAUCAGCAGUCUCUAAAGUGGUGGGGUGAGUAAGUAGAAAGGUAGAAAGAACCAUGGAUGAACCCUCCCAGCCCAGGGAAAGUUCUUUUCUAUCCAGGAAUUAGAAGUGGCAGGAGAGAUGACACAGGCCUGUGAAUGGAGGAGAGGAUUUCUAAGAGAAACUUCUUGAAGACUCUCCCAUGGUUAUUUGUAUUGAGGGCUCAGCAAUCAAAAGGGGUAUGAGUGAAAAAGAUGAUCAAAUAUCUUUUGGUCAGUUCUAAGACCACUAGAGACGGAUGUGAAGCUUUUAGCCCUACUGUCAGCCCCCAGUACCAACUAAAUCAGGCCAAGAAGACUUUUUCUGUGCACCAAGUUGGGAACAUGGGAAUGCCAAUUCUGGAAGGAAAUGGUAACAUUUUACCUUUGAAGAGGCACUAAAAGAGUUCUUAGAUUCAUGGUUGGGGAGGAGGAAAAAAAAGAGUGGCAUUUUCUUGAUUGGAAGGGUGGAAGAAUUUUUUGCACUUGGGCUGUUCAGAAUGUAGAAAGGACAUAUUUGAGGAAAUAUCUAUUUGAGCACUGAUUUACUCUGUAAAAAAAGCAAAAUCUCUCUGUCCUAAACUAAUGGAAGUGAUCCUCCCAUGUUCAUGUGUAAUGGUUUUAACGUUACUCACUUGGAGAGAUUGGACUUUCUGAAGUUAUUUAACCACUAUGUUCAG